UCACUCAUCCUUCAUUAGACACAGGACACAGAGAGAAGGACUGAACUCUUUACUGUUCUGUGGGGAUCAGACAAGACACACAACCCAAGGACUCUUUCCAUGAGUUGACAUGGCAGACUCCACCAAGAACUCCAUCCAGGAGAUACUGAGGAACACCAUGGAGAACCUCAGCUCUGCCGACUUCAAGAAGUUCAAGCACUAUUUGAAGGAUAUUGGCCAGAUUCCAUGGGCAAAACUUGAGAACGCUGACCGUGAUGACACCGUAGAUUUAAUAGUGGAAAUGUACACAAAGGAACAUUCCGGUCAGACAGUGUAUACAAUUCUUAAAAAGAUGAACCUCAACCAGAAUGCUGAAAACUUGGAGAGGGAACUAAAGGGAGAGAACUCUGGCAUGGAAACGUUCAACACAGAGGAGAGACAUCAUGCACACCUGCUCUGUAGUCUGCACAAGAGGAAACUCGAGCUCUUCUGUCAAGAGGAUCAACAGCUUGUGUGUCUGGAGUGUCGAGAUUUACACUUGGGUCACAAGUUCAGUCCUAUUAGUAAAGCAGCAACUGAUGCUAAGGAGGAUCUCAGGGUCAAACUGCAGGAGAAGCUGCAGGCCUCUGAGAAGGCUAAAGACCAGUGUUAUGAAACAGCUGCAUAUAUCAAGACUCAAACGAAAGACACAGAGAAGCAGAUCAAGGAGGAGUUUGAGAAGCUUCACCAGUUUCUACGAGAUGAAGAGGCAGCCAGGAUAGCUGCACUGAGGGAGGAAGAGGAGCAGAAGAGUCAGAUGAUGAAGGAGAAGAUUGAGAAGAUGAGCAGAGAGAUCUCAUCUCUUUCAGACACAAUCAGAGCCGUAGAACAGGAGAUGAGAGCUGAUGACAUCACAUUCCUGCAGAGCUACAAGAGCACAGAGAAAAGAGCCCAGUGCACACUGCAGGAUCCAGAGAGGGUUUCAGGAGCUCUGAUCAAUGUGGUAAAGCACCUGGGCAACCUGAAGUUCAGAGUCUGGGAGAAGAUGCAGGACAUUGUUCAGUACACUCCUAUGACUCUGGAUCCCAACACUGCACACCCAUUUCUCAUCCUGUCUGAGGAUCUGACCAGUGUGAGACGUGGUGAUGAGGAGCAGCAGCUUCCUGAUAACCCAGAGAGAUUUGAUCACUAUCACAGUGUCCUGGGCUCUGAGGGCUUUAACUCGGGGACUCACUGCUGGGAUGUGGAUCUUGGACAGAACAGAGGCUGGGCUCUGGGUGAACAACAGAGUCUUUCCUGAGGAAGGGACACUACGUGUCCAGGAGUGGACAUUGGUGCAUGUGCUAUGGCUAUAAUCAGUAUACAGCACGUGCUCCACCACUCCCCCUCAGCACCCUCACCGUGAAGCAGAAACCCCGGAGGAUCAGAGUGCAGCUGGACUGGGACAAAGGAGAGCUGUCAUUCUUUGACUUUGAUAAUAACACACACCUACACACUCUAAAGGACACCUUCGUCGAGGACGUGUUCCCCUUCUUCUCCACGACCCGUAAUCUCAGGAUGUUACCAGUGAAGACUGCAGCAUCAGUAGAGAAGCUUAGUCCUUGGGCCAGGCCAGAUACCGGUACCGUCUGGGUGGGCAAAAUCUAGUUGUGAUUUUCUGAGAACGUUUUCUCAGACCCAACAAAAUGUACCACCAGGUACGUUUUUGAGGUGCAAGCUGGCCCAGCGGGGGUGCUAAAGAGCGACGUUUAGACAUUGUUCACUACAGUUAGGUCUGGUCAAACACCUUAAUUGUCAACAUGCUCGACUUCCGCUCCGAGGCCCAGUUGAUACCGUUACGCAAAGUUUUCUGUUUUGUUUCAUAGACAUACCAGUUCUGUAUUUUUGUUAUUGAAUUGUGCUUGAUAUUUAACUUGACUAGGUAGUAAUCACAUACAUUAGUUACACAAGCAUAAACCCAUCAUUCAUGUAUUUGUACUGCAUUUUACCAGACAGAUUUUGAAAGAUAAUGGAUUUUGUCCCUAUGUAUCUAGUAUGUUGUAAGUUGUGACCCCAUAAUCCCACCAUGUCAGAAUUUAUUUCAGCAAUAAAGAAACGUGUGAUCCAA